AUGCCCAAAAAAUACAAAACGAAAAACAAGAAAAACGAUGACUUGGAGUCCGACGAAGAACUCGAGGCUCUGAAGAAUCAAUACAAUGAAGACUUCAAUAAAACUGAUGAUAAGCCUCAAGAAGCGACGGAAGCGGUUCCAGAAGUGGCCGAAGAAGUGACUGUACCUAAGACUAAGGUUAAGACUAAAGGGAAGGCAAAAUCAGGUGCCAAAGGAAAGGCUAAACCAGAGACCAAACCAGAGGCCAAACCAGAGGCCAAACCAGAGGCCAAACCAGAGGCCAAACCGGAGGUCAAACCAGAAUCCAUAGAGGAGUCCGAACCGGAGAUCGAAGAAACGACUGAAUCAGAUGUUAAAGAGAAGUCUAAACCCGAAACAAAAGCUGAGGUGAAAGAGACGACUGAAGUGACGGAAAGUAAUGAAGACAUGGAUGUAAUUGACAGCAAAAUGAAGAAACUGACGCAUAAAGAGAAGCGGAAACUAAAACUACUAAAACAGAGAGAAGCAGAAGAAGCGGAACUGAUUCCACAACUGGACACUAACUUCACUGUCUCGACGUCUAUCACACAAUCGGCACAAAUAAUAGACAAUUCACUAAAAGUGGACUGUUUUACGAUAAGCGCCGCCGGAAAGGAGCUAUUAGUGAACGCUUCGCUUUCUAUAACAAUGGGUCGACGCUAUGGUCUGAUUGGACCCAACGGUUACGGAAAGACAACUCUUAUGAGACAUAUCGCCGACAAGAGAGCUCUUCAUUUACCAAAAGAAUUGGAUGUAUUGCUGUGCGAACAGGAAGUAAUGGCUGAUGAGACCAGUGCUGUGAAUGUUGUGCUCAGAAGCGAUACGGCGAGAGUUGCGCUCCAAGAAGAAUUGGAUCAACUGUUGGCCAAAGAGGGCGACCAAAACAGUGACCGAAUUAAUGAGAUAUACACUCAGUUGAGCGCAAUGGGCGCCGAUAGCGCGGAAUCGCGAGCCCGACGUAUAUUAGCGGGUCUGGGAUUCACGACACGUGAGAUGCAGGACAGGGCCACUCAUCACUUUAGCGGCGGCUGGAGAAUGAGGGUCUCUCUCGCGCGCGCCCUCUUCAUGGAGCCCACGCUCCUUCUGCUCGACGAACCGACCAAUCAUUUAGACCUGAAUGCUGUCAUUUGGUUAGACAACUAUCUCCAGAACUGGAAGAAGACACUGAUUGUGGUCUCACACGACCAGUCAUUUCUGGAUAACGUUUGCACAGAUAUUAUACAUUUAGACCAACAAAAGCUCUUCUAUUAUAAGGGAAAUUACACACAAUUUAANGUCAUUUGGUUAGACAACUAUCUCCAGAACUGGAAGAAGACACUGAUUGUGGUCUCACACGACCAGUCAUUUCUGGAUAACGUUUGCACAGAUAUUAUACAUUUAGACCAACAAAAGCUCUUCUAUUAUAAGGGAAAUUACACACAAUUUAAGAAAAUGUUUGAACAAAAGAAGAGAGAGUUUAAGAAAGACUACGAGAAACAGGAGAAGCAAAUCAAAGCACUGAAGGCGAGCGGGAAGUCCGGCAAAUCAGCGGAAAGUCAGGUGAAAGAGCAGGCGAGUCGACGCAAGGGCGACACUCAAGUGCAGGAUCUGCUUAAACGACAUAAGGAAUAUGUGGUGAAAUUCACGUUCACUGAAGCGCCACCCCUUCAGCCGCCAAUUCUAGGUCUUCAUGACGUGGACUUCGGUUACAAUGCGAAGACUCUUAUAUUCAAAGGCAUUGACUUCGGUAUAGAUAUGUCGAGUCGUAUCGCAAUCGUCGGUCCAAACGGUGUCGGAAAGAGUACUUUCCUGAAGCUAUUGAGCGGUGAAAUACAGCCGAUUAAGGGAGAGAUGCGACUCAACCAUAGGGCACGAGUGGCCAAAUUUGAUCAGCACUCAGGCGAACACUUGACCACUGAGGAGACGCCCACCCAAUACUUGAUGCGAAUCUUUAACCUGAGCUAUCAGGACGCGCGCAAACAGUUGGGCUCAUUCGGUCUCAUAUCACACGCGCACACUAUAGCCAACUCGCAGUUGAGUGGCGGACAGAAAAGUCGGGUCGCGUUAUGCGAAAUGGCGUUAAAGGGUCCGCACGUUCUUAUAUUAGACGAACCGACGAAUAACCUGGACUUGGAGUCCAUCGACGCUUUGGCCAAAGCUAUCAAUGAGUUCGGCGGAGGAGUGAUUGUCGUCACUCACGACGAGAGACUCAUUCGCGAGACUGAGUGUCAGCUUUGGGUGAUUGAGAACCAGGGAAUCGAUGAAAUUGAUGGCGAUUUCGAUGAUUAUCGCGAGGAAAUCCUCGUCGCCUUAGGAGAGAAAGUGAACAACCCUUCCAUCUCAGCUCAAUUGGCCGGCGCUGUAUAG